AUGCUCUACGGCUCCGAGCACAACCCGAUGCACCCGCGGCCAACGGCGCCGAUCCCGCUGUCAGCCGACUUCUACAAGCCGUACGUCGAGGGACAGAUCAGCGUUCCGCUUCAACCACAAAAUGCACCAAACCGCUCUACAGCAACGUACGUAGAGGUGAACCCACAGCCCAUCGCAGAGCGCUUGAUGCGAGAGAAUGAGGAAUUUAUUGAGAAAGAAGUUAUGAAACAGGCCGGAGUCACGUCUGCCACGACGAUCCAAAAGCCUCAAUACAAGGACCUGAUCCCGCUGUCGUUCGAUGAGGAGGCAUUCAUCGCCAAAGAAGAAGCACAACGGCAAAUCCGACGUGAAAAGAAUGCGGCGCAGACACUUCGAAAAAGCACA